AUGAUGCACUAUUCGGUUCCGUGGGGGAAGGAAACGUGUUGGACGUCGAUCAACGAUAACAAUACCGCUUUCAAAGUUGCUCAUUAUUCCGAAGAUGAGGUAAGUGAAUUUUAAUUGUUUUUUGGGAGUUUAGGUAUACAAAAAUGGGAAGAAUCCGUUUUGAAAGAGUGGAUGACCGUUUUGUCUCGUAAAGAUUCGUGAAACUUGAAAAGGUUCGUUUCAGACAGCCGAUUCUUGUUUUGACAACGAUGAUUAUGUGGAAAGAAAGUUGGAAAAGGUAAUGAGAGAAAACAUGGUCAAGUUGGGUUUGGAAGAGAAAAAGACUAACAAUAAAGGACACGAAAUCAGCAUGUGCGGUGAUUCUGUUCAGGAAGUGAGUUUUUGAGGAAUUCAGUGUUAUAAAAGAUAGAAGGUGUGUUUUUAAUAUUUGUUUAGCUUUUAAGUUAAAAGUUGAGUUAAACUACUUAGUAUAAACGUUUUUAUUAACAAGAUACAUCAAUUUUAGAUCAUUAUACAUUAAAAAUCCGGUAAAACUUGAAUCUAAUUCGUUUAGGACAAAUUUGAUUGGCUAUUCAAAGCGUUCGAAGAGAUUCACAGCUCCGAUCAGACUCCCACCUAUCCGUUACGAGCUCCGGAACAGUACAUGAGCUACAUGAAGUAUGCAGACGAUCCUAUUUACAUGUCUAGCUCCAAAAACAGUACCAAAAACACAGCGCCGUUGGACCGGUUCUUUGGGACCUUCACCUACUUUAUGGAAGAGGCCAUUGAUUCAGAUAUUAGACGGUUUUAUCAACGGCCAAAUGACUUGGCCUUCGAGCGAAAGGUCAAAGUAUUCUGGGAGUAA